AGUCACCACGCGAUUUUGUGAGUUUGUUAGAAAGAAAUUUUAGAGAAAAUCUCGAAUAAUUAUUUCUUAUUGUUACUCACAUAUAAUAAAACAAAAUGUUUUCGCAGCAACCAAUUUUAGUUUUGAGCCAAAAUACAAAACGUGACUCCGGCCGGAAAGUUCAGCUCGAGAAUAUCAAUGCUGGGAAGACAAUAGCGGAUGUUAUUCGAACAUGCCUCGGCCCUCAGGCUAUGUUGAAAAUGUUGAUGGAUCCCAUGGGAGGCAUAGUGAUGACUAACGAUGGUAAUGCUAUCCUCCGUGAGAUUACCGUACAACACCCAGCAGCUAAAUCAAUGAUAGAAAUUGCCAGAACACAAGAUGAAGAGGUUGGUGAUGGUACCACAUCAGUUAUUGUCCUUGCUGGUGAAAUGUUGGCAGUAGCAGAACCUUUCCUAACACAGAACAUUCACCCAACAGUCAUUAUCCGUGAAUACAGGCAGGCUCUUGAAGAUGCUGUUAAGUUAUUAGAAGAGAAAAUAUCUAUUCCCAUUGAUAUGAAUGACAGAGAUAAGCUCAAAGAAGUGAUUCGGUCAUGUGUGGGUACAAAAUAUGUUGGUCGUUGGGCGGAUCUUGCUGUAGAUAUUGCUUUGGAUGCUGUCCAAACAGUGACAAUCAAUGAAAAUGGCAGAGUUGAAGUUGAUAUCAAAAACUAUGCUAAAGUUGAGAAGAUACCCGGUGGGGCUGUAGAGGAGUCGAAAGUGUUAAACGGUGUGAUGGUCAACAAGGAUGUAACACAUCCGAAGAUGCGACGCCUCAUUGAGAACCCGCGUAUUAUUCUGCUGGAUUGCCCACUUGAAUAUAAGAAAGGCGAGAGCCAGACAAAUAUUGAGAUUAUGGGGGAACAGGACUUCACGAAGCUGCUGCAGCUGGAGGAGGAGCACGUGCAGCGCCAGUGCGAAGAGAUCAUCGCGCUUAAGCCCGACCUCGUGUUCACCGAGAAGGGUGUAUCAGAUCUAGCUCAACACUAUCUAGUGAAAGCUGGCAUCACCGCUAUAAGGAGAGUUCGUAAAACGGACAACAAUCGUAUAGCGCGUGCGUGCGGUGCCACCAUAGUGAAUCGUACCGAAGAGCUGAGGGAAACCGACGUGGGAACCGGCGCUGGACGAUUCGAAGUACGCAAGAUUGGUGACGAGUACUUCACCUUCAUCACCGAGUGCAAGAAUCCUAAGGCUUGUACAAUUCUAUUGCGCGGUGCGUCAAAAGAUGUGUUGAACGAGAUCGAAAGAAAUCUCCAAGACGCCCUCCAUGUAGCCAAGAAUUUGGUGUUAUGUCCGCGACUGGUAGCCGGCGGGGGCAGCGUAGAGAUGGCGGUAUCGCAGGCUCUGUCGUCUCGCGCGCCGCAUCUGUCGCCGUAUCGCGCCGUCGCUCAAGCUCUAGAGAUAAUACCCCGUACACUGGCACAAAACUGUGGCGCUAACACCAUCCGUACUCUGACCGCGUUACGCGCCAAACAUGCCGCCGGCAACUCUACCGCGGGCAUCGACGGCGAAACGGGUGAGAUACGGGACAUGGCCGCGCACGGUAUAUGGGAACCGCUCGCCGUCAAAUUACAGGUAUACAAAACGGCAGUUGAGACAGCGAUCCUGUUACUCCGAAUUGACGAUAUCGUAUCAGGUUCCAAGAAGAAGGCUGGUAACGAACCCGCCGCGCCUGCUGAGGCUGCUAUGCAGGAAUAAUCCUUAUCACAUAUAGAAUGGAAGCCACUUUGGCACGGACGAUAUUCCGGACUUGACACUAAAAGAAAAUCUUAAUAUAAAGCCACUGGAAGAGUUUUGAUUUGUAAGUUAUUGAGCCGUUAAUGCAUUUUUGAAAUAUGAGUAUUUCGUAUUAAAUUGUAUUUUGGAGUGCAGAUGUAAUAAUACUAAGGUUUUAGUUCAAUUUCACUUAAAUACGAAAACGAAUAUAACAGAACAUGUUUGAAAGAAAUGUAUUUAAAAUUCAUGAAAGAUUAUUCUUAUAUUGCAAAGAAGUAUAUGUCGUUGAUUUGGCUUUUAGGUUUAAGUUAUACACACUGAAUUGAAUUGCUUUAUGCAUUCAGCGAGCAAACCAUCAACUCAUCUACAUCGUCAUAGAGUUCAAUUUGUAAUGACAACUAUUUUACUAAGAAAUGUUGUCCGUGGUAUUGUGUUAACAAAAGCCUUAUGUGAAAUUAGUUUAGAUACUUACGCUAAUCAUAUAAAUAAAUGACUGAUUUAAAAUAAUGUGCUGUUUACGUUCAUUGAAUUCUUUAACAAUAUUCUGUUCAUUGAAAAUUAACAUACAUUAUUUUUAAUAGUUAUUAAAUAACUUUGAUAAAUAUUCUCUGGCUUCAAUUAGCUUUGAAUAACAAAUGUUAACGUUGCCUUAAGACGUGAUAAAAAUGUUCCAAUGGAAUGCUCUUUUUAUAACUCGAUAAGGUUUAUUUUUAUUUAAUUCGCUGUUAUUUAUACGGUCAUACUUAGUGUAUCGUUUCACCUUCACAAGUUUGUGCAUUUAUGUUGUCUAUCGCUAUUUUUAAAUGGAACAAUAAUAGUAUUAAAGCUUUAUAUAUGUCUACUAAA